AUGGCCACCACCCCAGAGCCUGACCUCCCUUCUACGAGUCUAGCAACUGCUAGUGAAGCAAAUCACAAUUCAACGCGCCUUACGAGAGAUGACCGUAUUCGGGUUUUGACACUACGGGAUGCUGGACUUACCUAUUCACAAAUCUCUUCGCAGCUUCAAAUUAGCUAUCGCCAGGUUCAGUAUACGUGUCAAAGUCAGCAGACAACUCCAAAAAAGGCCCGCGGCCAGAUUCCGAAGCUAUCCGAGACUGAUGUCGAUAAGAUUAUUGAAUGGAUUAGCUCUUCAAAACGUACGCGUCGUAUGCCUUACUAUAAGGUUGUCCAAGAGCUUGAGCUUCCUGUUGGAACAGCUGCACUAAGUCGAGCGCUCAAAAAACGAGGAUAUACGCGUUGUAAGGCUCUAGCUAAGUCUCCUCUGUCAGAUCAACAUAAACGUGUACGUCUUGCUUGGGCUCUUGAACACAUAAAUUGGACGGUUGAACAGUGGAACCGAAUCCUGUGGACUGAUGAGACAUGGGUUACUCCAGGGUUCCAUACAAGAAUCUGGGUGACUAGGAAAGCUGGUGAAGAAUUAGAUGAGACUUGCUUACGUACGGCUCACCCUCGGGAACGUGGAUGGAUGUUUUGGGCCUCAUUUCAUGGAGAUGCUAAGGGCCCAUGUCUAUUCUGGGAAAAGGAAUGGGGAACUAUUGGAUCUGAGAGUUAUCGCGAAAGAAUUGUGCCUAUUAUUGAUGGCUAUACUCGCUUGAUGAAUCGACAGCCAUCUACAUUUCUACAGCUUAUGCAGGAUGGCACACCAGGACAUGCAAGUAAGGAUACGAUAGAGGAGCUUCAAUCUCGGAAUAUCUAUCCUAUCUUUUGGCCUGCAUUCUCCCCAGAUCUUAAUCCAAUUGAAGCUGUAUGGAAUUGGAUGAAGGAUUGGAUUCAGGAGCAGUAUCCGGAAGAGGAAACUCUUUCUUAUGAUCGACUACGUGAGGUUGUACGGGCUUCUUGGGAUGCACUGCCAGAGCAGUUUCUAAAGGAUUUGAUUGAUUCCAUGCAGGCAAGAUGUCAGGCUGUAAUAGAUGCAGCAGUUACACACAGUCCAUGGAGUGAGUGGUUUCACUCUGUAUGCACUGAGCGCAUAUUCCAGCCGAUCAGCGGCCACCAGCCCGAACGACCGUACGGAGGGGCAGCGCCACUAAAAACUGCUAAAGUGUUAGCGGGGAGGGGCCUGAUUGUUAAUGGGACUCGUUCCUCGUAUUGGCCGAUGAACAUUUUGAGAUGUAAGUCAGGCACAUCACGAGCUCGGCAUCUGGUGAAAUCGCGCGAGUUUCGUCUUCAGCUGAAGCUCAAAAGUAAAACUCCUCUCUGCUGCACGCUAGCAUGGAUUAGAAGUCGUCUAAAGAUCAGUGAAAUAGUCCAUGUCCACUCUACAAGUAAACGAUCCACGUUCGCGUGGUCGCUCAAAUCUCCCAGUGGGCGAACCCGUGAUCGCUCUCAAUCGCGCGAUGUCCGUACCGCUUCGCGAUCGCCAGCGCCGACACCUCGGACAGUGUCGACGAGCAAGAAAUACUACGAUUCCGACUCGGCAGAGGAAGGCCGACGCAACAAGCGAAGUGAAUAUUCGAGCCACAGCAGCCGCAGCGACAAGCGGAGCUCCAAAUAUGAUGAUUUGACAGAUUCUGAGGAGGAGUACAUGGCGAAGGAACGUGCGAAAGACCGUUAUUAUCAUUCGGAUUCUGAAGAUGACCGUAGCAAAAUUAGCAGCACUAAGAGAGGCCUCCAGGAUAAAGUUUCCGAGUAUACCAGCAGCAAAACCUCGUCGCGCUACAAAAAUGAAGCAGAGAAGGACCGCGCCUAUCGUAACUCGGGUCAUGGUCGCUCACACUCGUCGGCUUAUCAUAGUGACUCCGAAACGGGCAGCGACUCUGAUCUCAGUGCUCUUGCGUAUGGAGACGCUCCUAACCACAUGAAGCCGCAGCUGUAUCAAUCAGCACAAGAUCCACGCUCAUCACGCGAGUCUAUUUCGUCAAAAUUGGCUUCAAAAUUAGCCGGAGCUUCUUAUCGUCUAGAUGACUCGGCUCAUGAUCGUCCUGGUAGCCAUCCUAGUUAUGCUAAGCCGGAUCAAUUCGCAUAUCAACAGCCCAACGCACCUGUACAUGCUCAGCCUGGACAAUAUGCCGACCCCAGAAUCCAAGCACAGAUUAAUUCCGGUCAGAUCCCCCCGAUGCUGCCUCCGAAUUGGGCUCCUAUUCCUCCUAGCGAAAUGCCGGGUUAUGUACCGCCGGGUGCUCACCCGCAAACCACACAGUCCAUCCCAGGCGCUUUUCCAGGGGGAUAUCCUGCUACUUCAGGGCCGCCACCUACUACGCACUAUCCCCAGAGUCAAGGCUAUACAGCGACGCAGUCAUACGCAGCCCCAGGUCAAUAUCAAUACGCAAAUCCAGACCCGAAUAUCAGAUAUACUUCGAAGACCAAUGAUCGACAAGCAUAUACGGCCACUGCACAAAAUCAAUUUGCCACCAACAAGCCUUCAUACACCGCCAGCAAUGAACCUCAAUUCCUCGAUAUUGCGCCAGGCCGUUCUCGUGCUGAAAGCGUGGGUCGCCAGGGCCGUCCCCAUAGUCUGUCUGUAUCCAGCAAUCUUUCGGUGGGCGGUGGGAUGAGUGCAGCUGGUGGACGACCACCAGCUAGUCCGCUGCUCGAAGCAUACAAAGGAACAUAUCAGUCUAUCUCUCCAAUGCCAUCGCCAAUUGCUCGACCGGUCGGAUUAGCCCGAGACUCUGACAUCUCCGAUUUAGAGGAGCUUGGAGGAUCUUCUGGGUCCGACCGACGACGAAAAUAUAAGUACAGUCGAUCAAGAGACGAACGCAAAGAAAAGGAGCGCGAAAAGGAACGCGAAACCGAAAAGGAAAAGGACCGCAGACGUCAUUCGAGACACUCCUCCAGUCAUGCGGGUGGUGAAGAAAUCAUCACAAUUACUCCAGGUUCCAGCCGGAAGAAAGUUCUUUUCUAUGAACCAGAAGAUGACGCGAUUGCAUUGAAAGAUGCUCUAUCUCGUCACUCGGGUAUCGACACCAGACCACUAAUGGAGAUUCUACCGAAUCUUAGCAGCGAUCAAAUAUUGGCUCUGCGUGCAGAGUACAAGAAACACGCCAAAGUUCACAAUAAAGGAAUCAACAUUGCGAAGCAUAUCAAACUGAAAUUGGGGAAUACGUCUUUCGGCAAAGUGUGCUAUGCAACCGCGCUCGGCAGAUGGGAAUCAGAGGCGUAUUGGGCGAAUUGCUAUUAUCAAGCAGGCACAUCACGACGCGAGCUACUCAUUGAAUCGCUUAUUGGUCGUAGUAAUGCCGAAAUUCGUGAAAUCAAGAGCUGUUUCCGUGAUGCGCGAUACUCCGAUAGUCUUGAGAAAUGCAUGAAAUCCGAGCUGAAAGCUGAUAAGUUUCGAUAUGCGAUUUUGUUGGCACUCAGUGAACAGCGACAGUCUAGUAAAGAGCAGGUUAGUUCUCGGGAAGUGCAGGAAGAUGUAGUUGCAUUGCGUCGAGCGGUGACUGCGCGAGAGGGUGGUGAGACGGCCAUGAUUGAUAUUGUUCUGUUACGGAAUGAUGCGCAUUUGAGGGAGAUUAUGAGGGUGUAUGAUCAUGCAUACAAGUCGAAUUUUGCCAAGGAUGUGAUUAAGAAGUCGCAAAAUCUUGUCGGAGAAACACUGGUUCACGUCCUCAACGGGGCAGUCAAUCGACCAAUGCGCGAUGCUCUACUGUUACAUCAAGCAAUCCGCGAAUCUCACAGCAGCAAAGAGCGCUCCGAACUUCUCAUCUCCCGACUUGUGCGGUUGCAUUGGGAACCCAAACAUUUGGAGUUGGUCAAAGAGGAAUACCGGUAUCGCUACAAGGAGCGUGUUGAAGAGGCUAUUGCUCAGGAAGUCAUUACGUCUAGUGGAGGUAGUGAGUGGGGGGAGUUUUGUAUUGAGUUGGCGAGGAGUUCGUCUAAGAUGGCUUGAUUUGCGAAUAUACGUUUGAUUAUUUUCUCUUAUUUUGAUACACUUUUUUCGCCUGGAUAUGCGCAGAAUAGGAUUUCGUCUAUGUAUGAUGAAGCUGAAAAUAUCACGAU